CAUGAUGCUAUUAUGCUAGCCCCGACGCGUAUCCUCCGCGCAUCAUGGUCGUCUACGCUUAGACUGCCCAAAUCUGCGUUUCCACCUCGCCCUCUGGCCGCCUCGAACGCCGAAUACCUCCGCCGAUGUACCGAUGACCUCUAUGCAUGGCAGCAGAGUCCCGAGCGUCCGACGGAGAGAUUCGCAUUACAUGAUGGGCCGCCGUAUGCGAACGGGCCGCUGCACAUUGGCCAUGCGCUGAACAAGAUCACCAAGGAUAUCAUUUGUAGAUUCCAGGUUGGGCAGGGCAAGAAAGUGAGCUACAUCCCCGGCUGGGACUGCCAUGGCUUGCCCAUUGAGAUCAAGGCGCUGCAGGCGCAGAAGAAGGAUGCUGCGCACACGGAUGCCGUGAGCGUACGGGAAGCGGCGCGUGAGCUAGCGACUCGGACGGUGGAAGAGCAAAAGCGCGGGUUCAAGGAGUGGGCUGUCAUGGGCGACUGGGAUAAUGCGUACAAGACUAUGGAAAGAGGGUUUGAGAUUAGGCAGCUGGAAGUGUUUAAGAGCAUGUUUGAAAAGGGCUUGAUCUAUAGGCAGAAUAAGCCGGUGUAUUGGAGUCCGAGUUCGAGGACGGCGCUGGCGGAGGCCGAGUUGGAGUACGACGAAGGGCAUAAGAGUCUGGCGGCCUUUGUGAGGUUUCCGGCGCACGUCUCAGAGGAGUUGAAGAGUGGGGCGCUGAAGGGCGUAGAGGGCGAGAUUAAUGUGGUUAUCUGGACUACGACGCCUUGGACACUGCCUGCGAACAAGGCUAUCGCGGUGCAUCGCGAUAUGGAGUACUGCGUUGUUCGAGACGACGAGGAAGCCGGCGAGUUGACUCUCGUUGCGGCUUCGCGCGUGGCAGAGUAUGAGAAGGUACUUGAGCGUAAACUUGACGUCGUCUUAUCUGGACUGCAAGGAGCAAAUCUUGCCGGACAGCUCCAAUACGAGAAUCCUUUCCAGAAGGCGAAUGGACUUCAGCCAGUCAUACACGCGGAUUUCGUCACGGACGCUUCUGGCACCGGCUUGGUUCAUAUGGCUCCUGGUCAUGGUAUGGACGACUAUAACGUCUGCGGCGCUCUCAACAUCCCAGCAUUUGCCCCUGUAGAUGACGCCGGCGCCUUUACAAAGGACGCCUUCCCUGAACAGCCUGAGCUGCUUGAAGGCUUGCUCGUCGCUGACGUCAAGAAGUCGGGGUCGAAUGCUGUGUGCAAUCAUCUCGAGAAACUAGGUCUGCUCCGUGGCAAACAGAACUACUGCCACAAGUACCCCAUCGACUGGAGAACCAAGCAGCCUGUCAUCAUCAGAGCUACCGAGCAGUGGUUCGCGAACGUGGAGAGUAUCAAGGAUGCUUCGAUGAAAGCGAUUGCCAACGUCAAAUUCAUCCCAGAGACUGGUCGAUCAAGAUUAGAAAGCUUCAUCCAAGGGCGAAGUCAAUGGUGCAUCUCGCGGCAGCGCGCUUGGGGUGUACCUAUCCCUGCCCUGUACAAGGUCAACGGCGAUGAGCUUGAGGCGACUAUGAACUCUGAAGUCAUUCAACAUGUCAUCGAUGUGAUCAAAGAACGCGGCAUCGAUGCUUGGUGGACAGAUGCUCAAGAUGAUCCGACAUGGAAGCCUAAGCAUCUCACCGGUACCUACGUGCGCGGUAGAGAUACUAUGGAUGUGUGGUUUGACAGUGGUACCAGCUGGACACUCCUCCCACCGCAGAAGGACCGGCCUGUUGCAGAUGUCUACUUCGAAGGCACCGAUCAGCAUCGAGGCUGGUUCCAGUCCUCUCUCCUUACGCAUGUCGCUACCCAGCCGUACGCUACUGAGCCUGUCAAAGCACCGUACAAGACACUCAUCACACACGGCUUCACCAUGGACUCGGAGGGCCGCAAAAUGAGCAAAUCACUCGGUAACGUCAUCUCUCCGUCCCAAAUCAUGUCCGGCGAACUUCUCCCUCCCAUCAAGAGGAAGAAACAGAAAGGCAAAAACGCGAAGAAAGAGCAAACUGACACCGCUGGUCCCGCAUACGACGCCAUGGGCUCUGACGCCCUCCGCCUCUGGGCCGCAAGCAGCGACUACACCCGCGACGUGACCAUCGGCCAACCCGUUCUCCAUUCCGUCAACCAAGCACUGCACAAAUACCGCGUUACGUUCAAAUGGCUCCUCGGCAUUUUCUCUCUACCCACGUGUCCGCCGCCAUUCAAGUCGUUCAAUGACCUGGAAACCGAGGAACCAGAUCCACAUGACUUUUACGAACUAACGGAUCGACUGGCAGUGUACAAGCUCGUGCAGGUUAGCGCAAAAGUACACGGGCACUACGCAGAGUACGAGUUCUUCAAGGGCGUAAACACGCUCAACAAGUUCAUCUCCAACGACCUCUCAGCAUUCUAUUUCGAGACCCUAAAAGACCGCAUCUACACGGGCGACAAGGCAGAUUGCGAGACCCUGCAACGCGCCCUCGGCCUCGUCUUCUACGAACUCCUGCAGAUGCUCGCGCCCAUUACGCCACUGCUCGUCGAAGAAGUAUGGGCCCACGUCCCGCCCGCGCUGCGCGAACACAGCGUCCACCCCGCCCGCGCAGUCUGGCGGCCCCUCAACGUGCCGUCGUACGCUGCCAUGGCUGAACUCGAGGGCACGAGCCAGAUGCUCUCUGACCUCAACACCGCCGUAAAAGCAGCGCAGGAACGCCUCCGCGCCGACAAGAAAAUCGGCUCCAGCCUUGAAACGGCCGUCACGCUGUACCUGGCCCACUCCGCUGCUGAAGAACACUUCACCUGUGACUUCUCGUCAUGCCUGCACCCAGAUACAUACUCUGCGGGGGACAUCCCGUCUAUCCUGUCUUCCGUCCUCGUCGUCAGCGACGUCAAUCUGCGCAUGCUCGCCGCGAACUCACGCUCCGCCGUCUUCCCCACAGAGGACCCGGAGGACAUGAAGAAGCGCUGGGCCUGGUGCGAGGAGGAGGUUUUGCAGGUGGGCGAAAACAGCGCACUGCAAGGUGCGCGCGUUCUGGUGCAUCCGCCCGCCAAGGACAAGUGUCCGCGGUGCUGGCGCUUUGUCAGGGAGGAGAAGGAGGAGUUGUGUGCGCGGUGUGAGACAGUGGUUGGGGAGGAAGACGCUGUAUUGUUGGAGGAGGGUAAGGAGGGGAUGUGA